AUGGGAUCAUUUAGAAGACUAAGUACCUUUUUUGGUGCGUUUCUUUUAUUAGCUGUGUCACUAGUAAGUGCUCAAAGUACAGACAAUAAUACAAAGUCUUAUAGUAUGUUUAUAAUAACCUAUUUUAAAGUUUGUAAUUUAACAAACUUAUCGAAUGCACCGGGUAUAACGAUAGACGGAUUAUUACGAUUAUGGCCGGAUCAAAAUGGUCGAAACCCCUAUGAAGAUGAUCGCUGGAUAGCAUUUAUCCAAUGUAAUGAUAAUCCCAGCAUCAAUCUUCAAAAUGUUUUACGCGCUGAGGCAAGGGAUGCUGCUGCUUCUGUCUUUUAUACACUUACGCAAAUGCCUUGUCAAAGUCCAACAUCAGAUAGGAUUCGAAAACCUUUAUUUACUACGACCGAACAAGAUUGUUCUGAAGUUAUUCAACAAUUUCGACCUCGAGACGAAAUUUCUGCAGUGAUAAAACCUGAUGGAAAUUUAGAUUAUAAAGUUCCUUCAACACCUGUUUCAGUAAAAGGUUCUGAUGACAAUAAAGUGCUUGCGACUUAUCAAACGGCAAUGAUAGUACUUUAUGCUGUAUCAGGUGUUGUUUUGGGAUUAUUUUUUAUUGUAGUUAUUACAAACAUAAUAAGAAACCGGCUUAAUGCCCCUGUGACACCACCAAGUCAAGGGCAAGAUUCUAACGCACGUCCUAAUCGUGGCAUAGCUAGAUCCGUUUUAGAUAGUUUCCCAGUAUUCUUAUUUACUAUUGGAAUGAAGGACUAUAACGAUGAGAAUAAAGAUUUGGAAGGAGGAAAAGGAAAAGAAUUAGAAGAUGAUAUUGAAUUAGAGACGACAAGUCCUGUUGUUAUGAAAUCUGCACCACAAUCAGAAGGAAUUGAAGUAAAUGAAGAUUCAUCAAAUAUUUAUUCUAAAAAUACUGAUAAUACUCUUGAAACCAAUAAUGAUCGCUCUGAUAUCAAUUUGUCUGAAAAAGAGAAUCCUGAUUUACCAAAAGUACUUCCGAGUGCACAUAUUAAAAAUUCAUCACAUAGCCGUUCUAUAUCCACGGGUUCAAGUCUUUCAGCGCUAACGAGUAAUAAAGUACAAGAUGGGCAAUUAACUUGUCCAAUUUGUUUGGAUGACUUUGAAUCUGGUGUAGAAUUAAGGAUUCUUCCUUGUCAUCAUCAGUAUCACAAAAUAUGUAUAGAUCCAUGGCUUCUCGAUAUAUCCCCGCUAUGUCCUAUGUGUAAAACGGAUUACACUUCAUGGGACAGUGAAGUGAACACAACACAACAAAGUGAAGAUGCAUUGGAUUCUUCAACAUCAACUGGAAUUAAUAAUCAUACUACAAACACAAAUAACGAUCGACAAAAUGAUGAUGGUUCGUCGAUCGCUUCUUCUGUACAUCCAAAUUUCCCACAUUUCAGAUGGAUAAAAUAUCUUACAUCUAUUCGUCGUUCGAGAAGACGACGAAAUAGGGACAGAAGGCAGGACAAUAAUGUAGCUGAGAGUUUAUAG